AUGACAGCUUUACCUGGUUAUGGCUCUUCUAAUGGUUUGGAACUGGAUGGAAUGACAACUAUGAAGAUUCUGGACGGAGCACCAAAUUCAAGUCAACCUAUGUGUACAGGUACUUCUGAAGAUCUUUUUUCAUUUCUUCCUGCUUGGUUGGUUAUUCUCUCCUAUGAUGUUGGUUUCUUCAAGAUCAUUUCUCUAAUGGCAUUGGACUUGGUCGAGGAUGACUGGUGUCUAGGAUCAUUUAUGAAUCUAGAGGCUGGAUCUAGUGCUCAAGCAGUCCUUGGAAGUCCUGCCAAUUGCGCUACCUACUUUGAUGGUCUUAAAAUGUCAGAUGUACUGCUAGUGGCAACCCUUCUUUCUCUCCGAACUCGUGAUGAUGAUGACAUUCAAUUGCAAUAUGAUAUAAAACAUCCACUGGUGUUGACAAGAUACUAUGAUUGUCGCCUAUACAAUCAAAUUAGUAAGUUGUCAGGAAAGAAAAAGAUGAUCAAUCAAUAUUACAUACAAUCACUUGCUUCUUUCUCUCUCUUUUUUUUUUUUAGAUCCUUCCUUUUAUUGUAUGGGGAUUGAUACGGUAUCGCUGUCAGAUGAUAUACACAAGGUAACAUUGAUAUAUAUAAGAAUAACAGUGAUGGAGUACUGUUUUUUGGUUGAUUUUAUCUUCAAACAAAAUGGUGAUAUAAAACGAUCAAUGGUGCAAAAUGAUAAGUCUAAAAAAAAUAAUAGAUGAAAAAAGGAAAUGAUACUAAUAUAUUUCUUCUUUUAUUUUAUUGAUCUUUUAGAUAUUAUUGUCUAUAUAGUC